GGGAAAAAGAGCGAUAAGAUUACAGUCUUCUCCCAUGGCCUGAGAGAGUACUUUCUGCUAAUCCGAAAUGCGUUAGGCUAAUUGUUAGUUUUCAACAUUGCAUUUGCAACUCGUGAAUGUUGCCUGAGUUGUUCCAAUUAAUGGAUUUACAUUUAUUUAUUUGAUUUUUUUACACUUGUUGAUUUCAACAAGUUCAAUCUGCAGUCAAGUAACAAGAUAACUCAACCACAAGACAAGAACAAGGCGGAUUACGUCUUUCCAAAUAAUUAAAUGAUCCAUUGGUGCUAUUGUUUAGCAGUCUUACAACAGGUUGAUCUAGGAUCUUCUCAUUGAAUUGAGUGAAGAGGAAGUAAUUGGGGGAUUUUCAUCUCUAUUCAAGAUCACUUGGAAAAUAUAUACAAGGAAAAUCCUUCGAGGGGGCUAUCCAGCACUGUGGCUCCGUCUCUUUUGCGCUCAGACUUAUCAACAAGGGCUUUGGCUGCAGUGUACACAGGAUGCCUCAAAAAGAAUACUAUAACCGGGCCACGUGGGAAUCUGGCGUUGCGUCCAUGAUGCAAAACAGACAAGAGGUGUAUGACAUCUGUAACGAAGGUCACAGCGGAGUGAAUCAGCUCGGCGGAGUGUUCGUCAACGGCAGACCCCUGCCCGACUCAACCAGACAGAAAAUAGUCGAGCUUGCUCACAGUGGCGCGCGGCCGUGCGAUAUAUCCAGGAUUCUGCAGACCCAUGGUGAUGCAAAAGUCCAAGUGCUGGACAAUGAAAACGUGUCAAACGGCUGUGUGAGUAAGAUUCUGGGCAGAUACUAUGAAACCGGCUCCAUCAGACCAAGGGCGAUCGGAGGUAGCAAACCAAGAGUAGCAACUCCGGAGGUGGUCGGAAAAAUUGCCAUAUACAAGAGGGAGUGCCCUUCAAUCUUCGCGUGGGAAAUUCGUGACAGACUGCUUUCAGAGGGGGUCUGCACAAACGAUAAUAUACCCAGUGUAAGUUCAUUGAGUGUGUCAUCGAUAAACAGAGUACUGCGCAACCUGGCUAGCGAAAAGCAACAGAUGGGUGCAGAUGGCAUGUAUGAGAAGUUGAGAAUGCUGAACGGUCAGACUGGGACGUGGGGGACCCGGCCGGGCUGGUACCCCGGAACCUCAGUGCCAGGACAGCCCAACCCAGAUGGUUGCCCACAGUCAGACGGCGGAGGUGAGAACACUAAUUCAAUAAGUUCGAAUGGAGAAGACUCGGAUGAGACCCAAAUGAGACUUCAGCUGAAAAGAAAAUUGCAAAGGAACCGCACGUCAUUCACACAAGAACAGAUAGAAGCGCUUGAGAAAGAGUUUGAAAGAACUCACUAUCCAGAUGUUUUCGCAAGGGAAAGACUUGCUGCAAAGAUUGACCUCCCAGAGGCCAGAAUACAGGUGUGGUUUUCAAAUAGAAGGGCAAAGUGGAGGAGAGAGGAGAAACUCCGGAAUCAAAGGCGGCAAGCCAGUAACUCCUCCAGUCACAUCCCUAUCAGCAGCAGUUUCAGCACCAGUGUCUACCAGUCCAUCCCGCAGCCCACAACACCAGGUUGGAUAUCGUUCUCGUCAGGAUCCAUGUUGGGAAGACCAGACACAGCCCUUACAAACACAUACAGUGCCCUGCCACCUAUGCCAAGCUUCACCAUGGCCAACAACCUGCCUAUGCAAGCUCCUGUGCCCAGCCAGACCUCCUACUCCUGCAUGCUGCCCACCAGUCCCUCAGUCAACGGGCGGAGCUACGACACGUACACCCCUCCUCAUAUGCAGGCACAUAUGAACAGCCAAUCAAUGGCAGGCUCAGGAGGCAACUCAACAGGUCUCAUCUCUCCUGGAGUAUCUGUUCCUGUCCAAGUCCCAGGCAGUGAAGCAGACAUGUCCCAGUACUGGCCCAGGCUACAGUAGAGACACGACUACCGUCAACGUGUGACUCCUCGGAUAUUGUCUUGAAAGAAGAGGCUGUCCAGCAGUAUUUAAUUACAAACAAGAGAAAAUAGACUCUAAAAGACACUCUUUUGUACUGGGAUUGUGCCAUUCUCUAUCAUUCUUUGGACGCAAAGACUUGAAGAAGAAAAAAAAGAGAAAGGACUUCUGUAAAGUGCCCAGUGUAACAUCCUUAAUGGGGAAAAAAUAUCUCUGUUCUCCGUUUCCAACUUAUGUCAUUUUUGGUGUAUUUGUAUAUGACCAUUUGUAUGUCAUAAUGAAAAAAGAACAACGUGGAUGGACUGUGAAACUGAGUUGUUCCUUGCUUCUGCUGAAAAGAAGAUCAUUUGUGAAGAAUUUUCUGCCAUGAAUAGUUUUUUAUCAACGUAUAUCAAGAAGCUCUCCCAGUCUGUGUACAGAAUGUGGACUCUGGUGAAACACGUUUCUAUCACUCCAAGGCAGAGCUGGACCAGCAGGUACCAGCUGGGUACGAGAAGCCAAUUUCUCUGUUAUUUUCUUUUCCAAAGCUUUCUGGCAGAAUCAUUGUAAAUGGAAAGCAUUAACCGCUAAAAAAGAGGUGAAAAAAAACUUUUGGUAGCUAAAAACUGUAGAUUGUGUCUUCGAUAUAAUUCAGUUUGUUAUGUCGAAAUGUAAGUAUUUGUCUCCCUAGCAGUCUCCCGGACAACAUUUCUAUAAUAAAGUUAAUUUCAUUGAUA